GUUUCUUCCACUGUAUCUGUUUUUACAUACAUUUUAUAUUAGCAGUUGCAUAGAGCUGCCGAGUGGUGCAUUGGACCCAGUGCCCUGGCCAUGCAGUGUCCAUGUUGGUAUGGAAGCCUGAGGCCUGCUCCCAUACAUCCCUGCACCGGCGUGGUUGAUCCUAUUGUCCACUGCGUCACCACACGUCGCCCUCAAAUAAAGGCCGUCUGGCUCCAAGCUUAAAUAUUGCAGCUAACUAAAAACCAACCAUCAGAGCCGAUUCAUUCACAUCUGCUCAGUGGGGCGACAAGGACAGGGCUUUAGGUGGGAAAGAGGGCAGAAAAAAGUUCACUAUUCCCUGCUGGGUGCCAAGAGGACGGGACAGGACUCAACUUUGCCGGAGCCGCAGCUGUGUGCUACGGACCGAUCAUGGGUGACUGGAGCUUUCUGGGCAAUAUUUUAGAGGAAGUCAACGAGCACUCUACGGUGAUCGGCCGGGUGUGGCUCACAGUUCUGUUCAUUUUUCGUAUCCUUAUACUGGGCACCGCUGCUGAGUUUGUUUGGGGCGAUGAGCAGUCUGACUACGUGUGCAACACUCAGCAGCCUGGAUGUGAAAAUGUGUGCUACGAUGAGGCCUUCCCAAUCUCGCACAUUCGACUUUGGGUGCUGCAGAUCAUUUUUGUGUCCACGCCAUCGCUGGUGUAUGUCGGCCAUGCUGUGCACCAUGUCCACAUGGAAGAGAAACGCAAAGAGCGCGAGGAGGCAGAACUGAGUCGGCAACAAGAGCUGAGUGAGGAACGCCUGCCACUGGCUCCAGAUCAGGGGAGCGUCCGAACUACGAAGGAGACCAGCACCAAGGGGAGCAAGAAGUUCAGGCUAGAAGGCACUUUGCUCAGAACAUAUAUUUGCCAUAUAAUCUUCAAGACACUGUUUGAGGUGGGCUUUGUGGUUGGCCAGUACUUCUUGUAUGGGUUUCGCAUCUUGCCACUGUACAAAUGUAGCCGCUGGCCUUGCCCCAACACCGUAGACUGCUUUGUAUCCCGUCCUACAGAGAAGACAGUCUUCAUCAUCUUCAUGCUGGCUGUGGCUUGUGUUUCUCUCUUCCUCAAUUUUGUAGAGAUCAGCCACUUGGGCUUGAAGAAGAUCCGCUUUGUGUUUCGGAAGCCAGCCCCAGCUCCAGCACAGGGCGAGGGAUCAGCUCUACCCUCACCACAAGGUAAAGGCCUGGCCCCACUGGCUGUGCCAUCAUUACAGAGAGCAAAGGGCUACAGGCUGCUGGAGGAGGAGAAGGCCCCUCCAGUGACACAUCUCUAUCCUCUGGCCGAGGUGGGCAUGGAGGCUGGCAGAGGCAUCUCCUCUUUCCCGAGCCUGGAGGACAAGGCAGAGGAGGGGCUACCAAUGGAGAGCAUCUCAAAGGUUUAUGAUGAGACUCUACCGUCUUAUGCCCAGACCACAGAGACAGCUGGGGUGACUCUACAUGAGGAGGAGGAGGAGGUGCAGUCCGCAGAGGCACAGGCACAGACAGGGAGAAUGGAGGAAUUAGCUGAUGAGGAUGUUGAAGUGCAAGCAGCAGCAAAUGACAUGGAGGCAUCGGAUACGAUAGAGGACACUAGACCACUGAGCCGAAUGAGCAAAGCCAGUAGCAGGGCCAGGUCAGAUGACCUCACUGUAUGAAUAUGUGAGAGAACAGAAGCUAGCGCCACACUGACAAUGUUGAACACACACACACCUAAAACUCUGCUCACUAUGAAAACAGGUGUUAAACGAAGAGCCGCACAUACAUACAUGCAAUAGAUGUGUACUGAAAAAAAUUUAGGAACAAAAAUAAUGUGAUCUAGACUAAAAGUAGACUU